AUGAAUUACGCGUUAGGCACUCGUAAUUUUUGUACGAUUUUGAUGUCAUCAAAAAAGAAAAACAGCUCCGCCCUUGAUUUUUUUCUCGCGUCAAAAAAUAUGCACUGGAUUCCAGUCGGAGCUUCCGUUUUCGCCACGAAUAUCGGGAGUGGAAACUUUGUCGGAUUAGCGGGAUCCGGUGCAGCAAGUGGGAUUGGAGUUGCAAGUUUUGAGUUGAACGCAAUAUUUGUCCUAAUUUUACUGGCAUGGGUAUUUAUCCCUGUUUACAUGGCUGCUGAAGUGAACACGAUGCCGGAGUACUUAACGAAACGCUUUGGAGGGGAUCGGAUUCGGAUUUGUAUCGCAGUUUUGUCCUUGCUCUUGUACAUUUUCACCAAAAUAGCGGCUGACCUAUACGCGGGUGCCCUCUUUAUUCAACUUGCCCUCGGCUAUGACGGCGACCAAGGCGAAUUCGUCUCCAUUUUUAUUCUGCUCCUGGUGGCGGCAGGAUUUACGAUUGCCGGAGGACUAAGCGCCCUCAUGUGGGCAGAUUUGGUGCAAACGGUCCUCAUGGUCAUUGGUGCUGUGGGACUUAUGAUAUUAUCAUUCCGAGCGGUUGGCGGAUACAACGAGCUCGUACGAAAGUACGUAGCGGACGAGGCUAGCGGAAAUGCGAGCACGUGCGGAGUCCUGCCUGGUUAUUCGAUGCAUCUAUUUCGCCCCAUUCUUCCCGGCGAGUCGGAUCUGCCCUGGACCGGGAUGCUAACAGGGAUGACAAUUUCGUCAAUAUGGUUUUGGUGUGCAGAUCAGGUGACUGUACAAAGAGUACUAGCCGCCAAAUCCCUCACUCAUGCAAAAGCGGGAUGUUUGUUUGCCGCCGUUUUGAAAUUCCUGCCAAUGUAUCUCGUCGUAUUUCCUGGGAUGGCGGCCAGAAUUUUGUACAAGAAUACCGUUGCCUGCUCCACACCGGAAGUUUGUUCCAAAGUUUGUGGAUCAAAGUCAGGAUGCACGAAUAUUGCGUAUCCUGAAUUGGUCCUAAACCUCCUUCCAGUUGGAUUAACCGGGACAAUGGUGGCCGUAAUGCUGGCAGCAAUUUUAUGCUCACUUACCUCAAUUUUCAACUCUGCUUCGACAAUUUUUACGAUGGAUAUUUGGAGCAAAAUUAGAAAACAGGCGUCCGACGUGGAACUACUUGUCGUUGGAAGGGUAAGCAUUGUCGUCCUUUUGGCAAUAUCGGUCGCCUGGGUGCCAAUCUUGAGGGAGUUGAGGUCCGCCGAACUGUUCGUUUAUGUCAACCAAGUCGCGAAUUUCUUAGCACCGCCGAUUACAGCAAUAUUUAUGAUGGCCAUUCUCAUACCGAGAACGACGGAAGAGGGUGCAUUUUGGGGUUUAAUGAUCGGAUUGUUCCUUGGCGUGGCUAGAUUCGUACUCGAGUAUUGCUUUCCAGCCCCACUUUGUUCACUCGGCUUGAUCGAUACCCGGGCCAGGUGGAUAAAGUGGUUUGUAGACGAUAUUCACUAUUUACACUAUGGACUUCUCCUCUUUUUGGUGACAUUUGCUAUAACGCUGACAAUCAGUUUGAUAUCGCAGCCUACACCUGCUACGGAGCUUAUCAAAUUAACUUUUUGGACGAGGCAUAACGUCAAUACUUCUGAACAACCGGAAGUGCAGGAGGACAAAGACGCAAUAAUCGAAACUGAGUUGGAAAAGAGAUUGACAAAUUCCUGUGCUAUUGUUCUGCUCGUCGCCACAGUUUCUAUUUUCGUAUAUUAUGCGUAGCGAGUAUACUUUUGAAAUACCUAGGGAUUUGACAGCAAGGUUGUAGCCAAUUUAAUUUUUUGCCAUGCUUCUUUGUUUUGCAUUAUCUACAGGGUGUUAAUAAAGUCCGAUCCCAU